AGAUGUAAACAGGGUGGAAAGCAGAAAUUACAUUCUGCACGCACAGAGGUUCUUGCACUGUAUCACAGCCAAAAACGGGCGCCUGGGAGAAUGAGAUUUGACAGAAAUGACCUGACAGGGUUGGCACCUGAUAAAUAAGCCUGUCUUCUUCUUUUAAACAAUGUCUUUAGUUGGCGAGUGUUUGGAGGAGAGGGGAAGUGGGUUUCAGCUGGCUUCCUGAGCGAUUCCACUAGUUGAUGGGCGGAGCCAGAGGAAAGCUGUCAGCUGGGGUGGUGUAGCAGGCAGCGAGCGUGCAUGUGUGUUUAUGUGUGUGGGUGCCAGAGUGUCAGAACAAGGAGUGUAUGUGUGCUACUAUUACAUACUGCUCUUGUGGCGUUGAAGAUUAUACAUACUGUAAAAGUGCAACAGGCUUGAAUCGGCAGCCUCAUGGCCACCAACAACACAGCUAGCAUUGCCCAGGCUCGCAAACUGGUGGAGCAGCUCAAGAUGGAGGCCAAUAUAGACAGAAUAAAGGUCUCCAAAGCGGCAGCCGAUUUGACAUCAUACUGUGAAGCCCACGCUAAAGAAGACCCUCUGCUCUCCCCUGUGCCUGCAUCUGAGAAUCCUUUCAGAGAGAAGAAGUUCUUCUGUGCCAUCCUAUAACCAGCACUGCCCAGCCAUGGACUCACCUGCUCCCUCUGGGAUACACUCAUGGACAUGUUGAUCUUUUACAAGGGCUAAAGAGGUGCGAUGGAGAACCCUUAACUUCUCCUGGCUCUGAUUAUGCCACCGACUCCACCGAGUGGCCUUGAGUUCAGCGCGGUUACAAGAAUCUGUUGAAAUUCAGGAGGGAGAGCAGCAAACAAAUAAGUGACUGUCAUUGUAGCAGAUCAGCCAGGAUGUGUUGUGAAAAUAUUCAAGUAUUCAAAGGUUUCUGUGGUUCUGAUAAGGUAUUCACAUAUUUUUCUUUAUUGAAUUUUCAUGGGCUGUGUGAUCAUUUACAGUAUCUGAUCCUUGAACCCACUGGUAAACAUGUUUUACUUUUCAACGAUUUCUCUUUUCAGAUGCAAUUGCUGUAGGCCUACAAUUUAGGUUAAAGAAUGAUAGUUUAGUGAACUUUUAUAAUAAAUUACGCUUGGACAAAUAUUCUUACAACGAAAUACUUAUACAAUUAUUUGACUGUACAGCUAAUUGUUUUCUUUUUUGUCCUUCAAAAGCAUCUUUUUUUACUUUUUGUACAGAAAUGUUAGCAAGUUUAACCGUGUUGUGCUAUAUGUUUUUAAUAGUUGUGGUGAUAUCAAUAAUAACUGCAUGAAGCUUGACAA